UGCAAGCGUUACAUUGACAUUGAAUUUUAAGAACGAGGCUGGAUAAAUUUUGACGAGAAGGAACAUGCAAGAAACAAAAUAGGAUCAAUUUUAUAUACUUUACAUACAUAGGUCGAAACUAAAGCGACAAAAUGAGUUACUCUCGCCCUCCACCAAACACAGAACGUAUGUCAUCUCUUAAAGUUGACAAUCUCACAUUCAGAACAACACCAGAGGAUCUGAGACGCGCCUUUGAGAAGUACGGCGAGGUUGGCGACAUUUAUAUUCCCAGAGAUCGUUUCACUCGGAAAAGCAGAGGUUUUGCAUUUGUCAGGUACUAUGAUAAAAGAGAUGCGGAGGACGCACUUGAUUCAAUGGACAGAGCCAUGUUAGAUGGCAGGGAACUCCGUGUACAGAUGGCAAGAUACGGAAGACCUUCAAAUGACCGUAGAGGUGGAAGAAGGGGAGGUGGAGGUUAUGGUGGGGGUGGUGGUGGCAGAGAUGGAGGAGGAGGUAGAUAUGGAGGUGGAGACCGUGGUGGUAGCAGUAGGGACAGGGAUAGUAGGCGGAGAUCUUACAGGUCCAGAUCUAGAAGUAGGAGUAGAUCACGAUCAAGGAGUCGAUCUGACAGUUCCAGAAGUCGUAGCAAGAGUAGGUCUCGUUCCAGGUCAAGGUCAUAAACCAGAUGAUAAAUAAGACUUCAUAGCUUUGUGUUUCAUUAUCAUGUAUAAAUAAUGGCUUUAUAGGAGCAAACAUGUUAGCAAGGGGGGGUGUGGUUAGGUCUUUGGCUAUUUAAAUUUUGUAUAGUAUGGAUGGAGGCAGAGGGGGUGGGGGAGAUGAUGAUUUCCCAAAUACAAAUUGGCCUUAAUUAACUAUUAAACAAAUUGUUGGAUUUUUAGAUUCUGUGCUUUACCUUCAUGUGUAUACUCAGUUGCCACCAUUCAUUCUAAGAUCAAUCCCGACAAAUUGGAUAAGGUGGUUCCUGGUUUGUCUGCUCCGUUUUUUUUUUAUUUCAUAUUUGUAUUAAACUUUUGUGCUAGAAAAUAAACAUUGACACAAGCUGCAUUCUUUCACUCAAAUAUUUUUUUUUUAUGACCUUUCGGAUUUAUUUUUAUUUUUCGACAGAUAUUCAUUUUUAAUGGAGUUCAUCAUGUUCAUGUUGUGUAGUUUUACUAUGUUCAUGUUGUGUAGUUAAACCAUGUUCAUGUUCAUGUUGUGAAGUUAGACCAUAAAUUUAAGAAUUCAACAAAAUGAACAAUUUGUAAAUAAUUUAAUUCACAGUAAUUAAUUUUUUUACAUUUUUUGUUCCUGGAAAAACAAUAAUAAAGUCUCAUCAGAGUUGUUUUUUUACAGCCAUUACAUGUUUUAUCAAAAUUAUUGCUUUGGUUGUUAAUCAUUUCUUAUAUAUUUUGCAAAGGUCAUUUACCAAAUUUCAAGGAACUAGUCUUGGAUGAUCACAACUUUGAACCCUGCUUGCUUAAUCUGAAAUUUGUCAGAAAGUCAUUUGAGGGGCUUUUAUUAUAAUCUGGUAUUUAUUUUAAAGAUUUGACCAUUUUUUGUUUAGACAAGAAAAAGUUUGUUGUUCUUGCAGCUUAAUGUUAUGAUAUCGUUGAUUUUCUUCUUUAAAAAACUUCGACAUUUUUUAAUUGUGUUCAUUUUUUUUUUAAUUCACUUUUUCUUUAAAUCUGCAGUCUAUCAUUCAUGGUUGUCCAAAUUCAUUAAAUAACUUGCAUAAUAUUCGUUGGUCAGGACAAUUUUCUUUCAAAGAAUUUGCAGCAUGACGACAUUUUUUUCUGCUAAAUGAAAUUCCAGUGUAUUAGUCCAGAGAGAAUAUAUAUAUAUAUAUAUAUUUAUUUAAAUUUCAGUCUGACAGGUAAAAACACAAAAUGAUUAAAUAAAUUAUAAGUCUACUUGAUUUCCAAAUUUUAGUCCAUUGUUUUAUCUAGGCCUAAAAAUUGUUUUUUCUGUAACCCCAUCAACCCAAACUUUUAGUGUCUACACUAAAGAUUUUCUUGUCAUUUUGAACAAAAACUACAAAAGUCAGACUGAUAA